UGCACACAGGUGAUUCGAAAUCCGUAGUAAUCUUAAGGGGACGUGUAAGGAAUGUGCAGCGAGCUAUAGUUAAAUUCAAUGUGCUGUAGUGUUUGACACGUUGGCGGUCAUGUGUUUUUCUUUCGAUUUACAAUUUUAAGUUUGAAUUGCUUCGAGUAUCUGAAGUGACCACAGACAACCAAAAAACGAAAGGAUUAAAUGGCCUCUGCCCUGGAUAGGAAGGGUACCUUCAAGGUUGAGUACCUUCGGAAGAUUGAACAAGAUGUUCAGGCCAGGUGGGAAGAAGAAAAGAUAUAUGAAGUGGAUGCUCCAGUUGAACCCAAGAAGAGUCUUGAUGAAAAGUUUUUCUGUACAUUUCCUUUCCCCUACAUGAAUGGCAGGUUACAUCUGGGGCACACAUUUUCUCUCUCCAAAUGUGAGUUUGCAGCCCGCUACCAGCGACUAAAGGGGAAGCGUGUGUUGUUUCCUUUUGGCUUUCACUGCACAGGAAUGCCAAUUAAGGCAUGUUCUGAUAAGCUGAAAAGGGAGAUGGAGGAGUUUGGCUUUCCACCAGAGUUUCCAGCCACUGCAUUUGAAGUAGAGCCUGAGGAAUCAAAAGCUGAUGCAGUUGUCAAGGACAAGAGCAAGGGCAAGAAGAGCAAGGCAGUGGCAAAAUCAGGCAGUGGCAAAUACCAGUGGCAGAUAAUGCAGAGUCUUGGGCUUUGUGAUGAUGAAAUAAAGAAAUUUGCAGAUGCUUCCCAUUGGUUGGAUCAUUUCCCUCCGCUUGCAGUUAAAGAUUUGCGCAGAAUUGGAAUCCAUGUUGACUGGCGUCGUACAUUUAUCACAACUGAUUCAAAUCCGUUUUUUGAUCAGUUUGUGCGAUGGCAGUUUCUACAACUGAAAGCUAGGAACAAAGUAAUGUAUGGAAAACGCUACACUGUGUUCUCUCCAAGAGAUAAUCAGCCAUGUAUGGACCAUGACCGCAGCACUGGUGAGGGUGUUGGGCCACAGGAAUACACACUCAUUAAGAUGAAACUUUUAGAGCCUUUCACUUCAAAACUGAGCUCCCUGAAAGGGAAACCUGUCUUCCUAGUUGCAGCUACACUGCGUCCAGAAACUAUGUAUGGCCAGACUAACUGCUGGGUUCGCCCUGACCUUCAGUACAUAGCUUUCAGCACAACUACUGGUCCAGGUGAAGUGUUCAUUUGUACCAGGCGCUCAGCACGCAACAUGGCAUAUCAGGGCUUCACAAGAGAGGAGGGGAAACUUGAUGUGCUGCUCGAACUUACCGGACAGGACAUAAUGGGCGUCGCAUUGCAAGCCCCUCUCACAUCCAAUACAAAGAUAUACACUCUGCCAAUGUUGACUAUAAAAGAAGAUAAAGGCACUGGAGUUGUAACAAGUGUUCCAUCAGAUUCUCCAGAUGAUUAUGCAGCUUUACUAGACCUGAAGAAGAAGCAGGCCUUGAGGGAGAAGUAUGGGAUUGAGGAUGAAAUGGUCCUUCCAUUUGAACCUAUUCCAAUUAUUGAUGUGCCGGACUAUGGAUCUCUGAGUGCCGUCACUCUUUAUGAGAAACUCAAGAUUCAGAGUCAGAAUGAUAAAGAUAAACUGCAGGAAGCUAAAGAUUUGAUAUAUCUGAAAGGCUUCUAUGAUGGUGUUAUGUUGGUAGGAGAUUUCAAGGGAAAGAAAGUUCAGGAUGUGAAAAAGGCUCUGCAGAAACAGCUGAUUGAUAAAUAUGAAGCUGUUACAUAUUAUGAACCAGAGAAGCAAAUAAUAUCAAGGUCUGGUGAUGAGUGUGUUGUAGCGCUCUGUGAUCAGUGGUACCUGGAUUAUGGUGAAGAGCGCUGGAAAGCACAGGCAGUCAAGGUUUUGAAUAGAAUGAACACUUAUCAUGAAGAGGUGAAGAAGAACUUUAUGGCUACUUUGAACUGGCUGCAUGAGUAUGCCUGCUCUCGGACAUAUGGCCUUGGUACAAAGCUCCCCUGGGAUGAAAAGUGGCUCAUUGAAUCUCUGUCUGAUUCAACUAUUUACAUGGCCUUCUACACUGUUGCUCAUCUGCUGCAAGGUGGAACAUUUAAUGGCAACAAGACCAAUUCUUUUGGCAUCAAGGCAGAACAAAUGACUCCAGAAGUUUGGAACUACAUCUUCUAUAAAGAUGCAGAGUUCCCUGCAAAUACCAACAUUUCAAAAGCAUCUUUAGAUGUAAUGAGGAGAGAGUUUGAAUACUGGUAUCCUGUGGAUUUGCGGUGUUCUGGGAAGGACCUUAUUCAGAAUCAUCUGACAUUCUUCAUCUAUAAUCACUGUGCGUUGUGGCCAGAUGAUGAGAGCAAAUGGCCUUUAGGCAUUCGUGCAAAUGGGCAUCUGCUGCUGAACUCAGCCAAGAUGUCCAAAUCAGAAGGAAAUUUUCUGACCCUCUCGGAGGCUGUGGAGAAGUUUAGUGCAGAUGGGAUGAGAUUCUGUCUGGCCGACUCUGGAGAUUCUGUAGAGGAUGCCAAUUUUGUUGAGAGUACAGCAGAUGCAGGUAUUCUGCGAUUGUAUACGUUCAUUGAAUGGGUGAAGGAGGUCCAGAACCUGAAGGCCACUUUUCGAGUGGGACCAGCGGAUACCUUCAAUGAUAAAGUAUUUUCAAGUGAAAUAAAUUUGAAGAUACGCGAAACUGAUGACAACUACCAGAAGAUGUUAUUCAAGGAAGCACUACGAACUGGCUUCUUUGAGCUGCAGGCCUCCAGGGAUAAAUACCGUGAACUGACACUAGUGGAAGGUAUGCACAAGGAUUUGGUGAUACGGUUUAUCAAGGUGCAGGCUCUGCUCUUGUCGCCAGUGUGCCCUCAUGUGGCAGAGCACGUGUGGGAGCUUCUGGGAGAAAAAAGAAGUAUUCUUCAUGAACAGUGGCCCAUUGCUGGUCCCAUUGAUGAGGUACUCGUGAAAUCAUCAUGUUACCUUAUGGAAGCAGCUCACAUGUUUAGAAUAUUUCUCAAGAAUCAUAUGCAACCCAGAAAAUCAAAUAAAGUCACUGUUAGUGGUUCAGUUUCAGAGAAACCCAACCAGGCUACCAUAUGGGUAGCCAAGAAGUUUCCUUCCUGGCAAGCAACAGUGCUGAUGACACUUAAGCAGCUUCUUGAUAAAACAGCUUAUCUUCCAGACAACAAAGUAAUUGCUUCAGAGCUGAGCAAGAAACCUGAACUGAAGAAAUACAUGAAGCGUGUAAUGCCGUUUGCACAAGCAACUCGUGAGAAGAUAGAUACUGUUGGUGUGCAAGCCCUCAACCUUACACUUGAAUUUGAUGAACUGGAAGUUCUGUCAAGAAGUAUUGUCUACUUAAAAAGUACUCUAGAUGUUGAAAGUAUAGAAUUGAAGUAUUCUGAUUCAGCUGAAGCAACAGAAAGGAUCCGUGAGGACUGUUGUCCAGGAAUUCCAUACAUUGCUUUCACGGUUUGUCCGAGCAUGUCUAUGACUCUGAUAAAUCCUCAGCCUCAGAGUGGUCACUUCACACAUGUUGUUAGUGUGAGAGAUGGUGAUAACGUUGCCAAAUUAACCGCUCAACUUACCAGAGCUGACCAGCUUAUAGACCCAAACAGUAUUCAGCUGUGGCGAUAUGACGAUCCUGAACUUGGUCCGAGGAAGAUGCCAGCCUUCAACAGUCCAACACAGGGUGUAGUACGUAUUGAAGACAAUGCUGUAUUCUGUGUGAAUGUUGCAAAGAAGAAUAUUGAACUUGCUGUUAAUGGGACAAGAUAUCCAGUUGGCUCACAAAUAAUUUACACCGUUGAGUAAUAGACAAACUGGAAUGCUGUGGUAUUUAUUGAGGUCUCUCGUAAGUCACAGAGAAAAGUGAGACUGGCAAGAAGAGGUAAGGGAGAAAAAAAAAAAGGGCCAAUUGCAAUGCAGUAAUUUUUAAUGUGACUAUUGCUACCUGCAACAGUUUGGAAGUAGCAGAGCCUUUACUGGCCAUGUGAUCAAUCCAAACCAAGAAUUUCAUUCUUUCAACAUUGAUACAGUUACCCUUAAGUUAUAAAUCGUGGGCACCAGCCCUAUAAAGCCAAGAGAUUUAAAAUUUCUAUUCCUGGAUGCUAAAGGUUCAUGACUUGUCAACAUUCUGUCAAAGUAUCAGAUGUUCCAGAUUGUCAUAAACAUGCAAUGCAGUAACUGUCCUGAGAUGAUGUGCCAAUUGUUUUAUCCUGUGCACAAAGACAUUAUACUUUCAGUUACCACCAUGACUAGCUAUGGUCAGGGAACUGUGUCGUGGGGACAGCAAGUACUGGAGGCUUACAAAUGCCCUGCACUUUACCUCUACAGUAUCAGUAUACAGAAAGAUCUGAUAGUGCAAGAUAUUUAAUGACUAUUUAUGAGCUUUUAGUUUGUAUUAUUGACAUGUGUUGCAUUUCUUUGCAAAUAAAUCACAUGUUUAAAUUUUA